GUUCUCGGUUGUGUGGGUCUGUGACAGGGUCCAACAGGACCUGUUUCGUGUCCGGCCCCCUAAGUCUUACGUCCCUGUCCCCAGGUCCUUCUUCAAAACUUGCCUCCUGCUGUGCCUACAGCUAGCAGACCAGUGACCAGAGCAUUUUCCCCUGCCCAUGGAAACCCAGGCAGACCAUGCAUCUCAGGAAUCUCUGCCCCUGUUAGAGAGUGCUCUUUCUUCUUCAAAAGUCCCUUCCUUUCCUGACAAGGACAGUCUGGGGGACGAGAUGCUGGCUGCUGCACUUCUAAAGGCCAAUUCCCAGGAGUUGGUGACAUUUGAGGAUGUAGCUGUGUACUAUAUCUGGAAAGAGUGGAAGCGUUUGGAACCUGCACAGAGGGACCUCUACAGGGAUGUGAUGCUGGAGAAUUAUGGGAAUGUGUUCUCACUGGAUGGUGACUGCAAAACUGGAACUGAUCAAGUAAUCUCUGAAGGUAUGGCACCAUGUGAGAUGAUACUGGGGCCAUUCCAAAAGGAUGCUUCUCAGGGUCUUAAGUUUGAAGAAGCCUACGAACAAGAAGUCAGUCUGCAAAGGCAGCUAGGGAAUUCCUCUGUUGGAAGACUGAAUGGGAACGUCCAAGAGUUUCACCAAGUGAGAGUUGAGGAAAAGCUCACUCAUAUGGGAGGAAGAAAUGAGAAAUACAGUGAGUUUGGGAACAGCUUCACUGUGAAUUCUAAACUUACUUCACAUCAAAGACUUCCCAUGGGAGACAGACCCCAUAAGUGUGAUGAAUGUAGCAAGAGUUUUAAUCGAACUUCAGACCUCAUUCAACAUCAGAGAAUUCACACUGGAGAAAAACCCUAUGAAUGUAGUGAGUGUGGAAAGGCCUUCAGCCAGAGCGCACAUCUUAUUCAGCACCAGAGAAUCCACACUGGAGAGAAACCUUAUGAAUGUAAGGAUUGUGGGAAGACCUUCAGUUGUAGCUCUGCUCUCAUUCUACAUCAGAGAAUCCACACUGGGGAGAAGCCUUAUGAAUGUAACGAGUGUGGGAAAACGUUUAGCUGGAGCUCCACUCUUACGCACCAUCAACGAAUCCACACUGGCGAGAAGCCCUAUGCUUGCAAUGAGUGUGGGAAGGCCUUCAGCAGGAGUUCCACCCUGAUUCAUCAUCAGAGAAUCCACACUGGAGAAAAGCCCUAUGAAUGUCAUGAGUGUGGGAAAGCCUUCAGCCAGAGCUCACACCUCUAUCAGCACCAGAGAAUCCACACUGGAGAGAAGCCCUAUGAAUGUAUGGAAUGUGGAGGGAAGUUUACCUACAGUUCUGGCCUUAUUCAGCAUCAGAGAAUCCACACAGGGGAGAAUCCCUAUGAAUGUAACAAGUGUGGGAAAGCCUUCAGGUAUAGCUCAGCUCUUGUUCGCCAUCAGAGGAUUCACACUGGAGAGAAGCCUUUGAAUGUAAUGGGUGUAAAGCAAAAAUUCUCUGAGAGUCUCUGCUGAAUUAAACAUCAGAGAAUGCAUCCACAUGAGAGCGCCAUGAACUAUUUUCCUCACAUCCUGGGUCUAUAGAGUUCUUGCCUUACCUGCUUUAAUAGGACCAAUUUAGGGUCUGUUCCACCUCAAACAAUUCACUUAAAGUGGAGCUGACUGGAAAGCAUCCUGACACAGUGAUCAGCAGGAUUUCCCAGGAACGGAUACCUGUCUUAAAAAAACUGUGAGGCAAGUAGUAAAUUACGCACUGGGAACAGAAGGAAGCUUGGGGACCAGUCACCCUCUUUUGGGAAGGGGUUUGCACUAAACCAAUUUUCUCAUA